AUGUCUCAAACACCGACGAUCUUAAAAGUUUACCUAACCCAAAUGUUUAAUGCGCGACGCGCGACUGUUAAACCUCAAAAAAUUUGGAGCUAUAUCUUACUAGCUUCUAUUUUCAAUAACCACCUACUAUCAUUAACAGACAAGCAAUAUGACAAAACGUCCUUUCUCUUACAAUUUGGUGCACUCCUGAUUGUCAAUUAAACACUAAUCUUUCAAUUCUGUUCCAUCACGACAGCGCAACACAAUCUUACCUACGAAAUGGCUGAAGCAGGUAAUAAGAGAAGCCAUUCAGACUUCGUGGAAAAUAACAGCGAUGAUGGCUCCUCGGAUGACGAUAUGGGACCCCAGUUGCCCUCUUCAGCAUCGGCACCCAAGAAGAAACGACGAAGACUACCGCACGAAAAGUUAUACAUCGAAGCACUUCCAAAAUCAGCGCGCUACUCUAGGUCCCUAAUGCACAAAGAGCAACUAUCGUUCGUGAAUGUCACCCGAUCCGAUUUUCUAAUCACCACUUCUGUCGAUGGGGUAGUUAAAUUUUGGAAAAAGGUUGCGCAAGGGAUUGAAUUCGUCAAGGAGUUCAAAGCCCAUCAAGGAGAUGUACAAUCCGUCUCUGUUAGUCAGGAUGGCCGAAGCUUUGCAACAGCUGGAACCGACAAGACUAUCAAGAUCUUUGAUGUUGUCACCUUCGAUCUCCUUGCGAUGUUACCUCUCGACUAUGCGCCUAAAUGUGUUUGUUGGGUACAUAAGCUUGGCGCAUCUCUACCACUUCUGGCUGUUUCGGACGACGCAAAACCCUUGAUUUACAUCUAUGAUGGUAGAGGAGAAAAUCAAACUCCCAUACACACAAUACAGAGCUUGCAUAGGAGUCCUGUAUCAAUAAUGGCUUUCAAUGAUGCCUACGACUGCGUGGUCUCUGCCGAUGACAACGGUAUGCUCGAAUACUGGUCUCCGAGUACCAAUUACGAGAAACCAGAAAAUGUAUUCCAGUACAAAAGCUCUACCAACCUUUUCGAUUUCAAGAAGGCGAAGUCGGCCCCCGUUUCUCUGAACAUGUCGCCUUCAGGUCACCAGUUUGUCACAUUCUCCAUGCCCGAUCGAAAAAUUCGAGUUUUCGAAUUUGCGUCCGCCAAACUAUAUCGGACGUAUGAUGAGUCGUUGCAAGUCAUUGAAGAGAUGCAGCGAGCUGGAACAGCUAUGCAAAAGUUAGAUGAUGUUGAUUUCGGAAGAAGACUGGCGGCGGAGCGCGAUAUCGAAUCCACUUCACUUCAGAAUAAGGUCAAUGUAAUCUUUGACGAGUCAGGCCAUUUCAUUCUGUACGGCUCUAUGUUUGGUGUCAAAGUCCUGAACACCUUUACCAAUCAGGUCGUGAAGGUAUACGGGAAAGAUGAACACCUCCGCCCAGUCAACCUAGCUCUGUAUCAAGGACAGCCCCAGAAAAAGGGCGUUACAACCGUGGCGAUGGCGGCUUCAAGCAAUCCUCUUCUACAAGAAUCAGAGGCGAGAGACCCCAUCCUCUUCGCGACAGCCGUUGGGAAAGUUCGGUUUUAUAUGUUUACAAAUGACGAAGAAAUAUCUAGAUCUGAGAGAGAUGUUCACAACGAGAAACCGACGAUGUUGAAUCCUAAGAAGACGGUCGAAAAGAAGACUAGCGAGACUGGCACGGCAGCUGUCCUCCAUACGACGUAUGGAGACAUCCACAUCCGGCUCUUCCCGGAUGCCGCGCCGAAGGCAGUCGAGAAUUUCGUGACCCAUUCAAAACGUGGCUAUUACAACAACACCAUAUUCCAUAGAGUAAUACGCAAAUUCAUGAUCCAGGGAGGCGACCCCUUGGGUGACGGGACAGGGGGCGAGAGUAUUUGGGGAAAGGAGUUUGAGGAUGAGUUUAGUACUCUCAGACACGACAAACCCUACACUGUCAGCAUGGCGAAUGCCGGUCCGAACACGAAUGGAAGCCAGUUCUUCAUUACCACGGAAAAGACCACAUGGCUGGAUAACAAGCACACGGUGUUCGGAAGAGCGGUACAGGGGUUAGACGUUAUCCACAGGAUAGAGAAUGUACGGACCUAUAAGGAGAAGCCGGAGGAAGAUAUUAAGAUACUCAGUGUCGAUAUAGUAUAAGUACUUCAUCGCAGUUCGGUAAUACAUGCUGGUAUCGAAGGCUUGACUUUGGUCCCGGAGUUAUGAAUCCGGAAGCUGAACCACGAACAACAAAUGACGAAUGCCUGGCGUAUUAGGCAUGUGUGUAGGCAUACAGAUAAUUAUUGUAUGGAAUAGGCCAGAGUCCGAUUAUUCGCAUCGCUAUCUUAAUGCUCUCCGAAGCGCCCGAGAUGCCAAGUAUCGGCGAAAACGUUAGAAGGUAAAAGGGGGUGGGCUCUGCUACUGCUCGAUGAAGGUAUACAUACAUUUCUGUACCUGUACUUACAUACUGCCGGGGCUGUGCUGGGCAAAAGUCAUUCAUUUAGUCCCACAAUUCAUGCUGAAGCGGAUUUAACGGCCUCGGGGCUGUCAAGCUUUACAAGUUUUAGCGAACGUGGCAGCGUCAUUGGUACAGAUAUGUACCUAGUAGGUAGA